AUGGUGAAUGACGGAAUCAAAUUAUUGUUGAGACUGGUCCUUAAAUUUGUGGUCGCCUAUAUUGUAAUAUGGGCUAUCUUAUUAAUGCAACUACCACUACCGCCGUAUACGAUAAUCAUUUCAUUAAUCGGGUUCGCCACUUGUGUAUGUACUGUGAUUGGCAUCAUUAUCAAAAAUCCCAGGUUGUUGAUGCCUUUCUGGAUAGUACAUAUUAGGUUGAUGCAUAAUUAUUGCGGAUUUUUUCGCGGCUAUUUUUCUCUUGAAAGAAUUUGA